UCACGCAGCCGCAGCGCGUGCAGCUCUGUAUCUUGAGCUCGCGACCCGGCCGGGGGGGGGGGGGACAGGGAAGCUUGGAGAAACUCUUCAGCCGAAACCAAACACAACGACUUAUUGUGUCCAACUAACAGCGGGGUUUGGACGGGUUAACGUCUCCGGAGCUUUCCGACACGAAGCCGGAGAGUUUGACCGAGGCUGGAAGUCCUCCCGGGCCCGGAAAGUUGACAGUGUUUGGGUGAACUUGUUGCUGUGGUGGAUGUUAGCGACGACAAAACAGGAGGCGGAAUAAUGUCGGUGCCGCUGUCUCUGUUGUGACCCAGCUCCAUUUUCUCCAGACAGACAGAAAAGUGAGGAUAAAGACGCAAAGACAGGAGAAAUGGCCGAAGCCCGGUCAGAGGAAGAGGAGGAAAACAUGAUGAGGGACACCCGGGAACAAGUGGUACGACGGCAGCCGAACAGCUCCGGAGGUCGUCCUGAGAGACGUAAGCCAGAGCAUCGUCACAGCCAGGGUCCUCUCUCAUCCAUCAGAGCAGCCAUUAAGAGAACCUCCACCAGGUCAACGUCUCUGUCUGAGUCGUCCAGAGACAGAGACAGAGAGCGGGACAGGGACAGGGACAGAGACAGAGACAGGAGGCGACCGGAGAUCACCAUCCUGUCAGCGGAGCCGCUGGCCUCCACCUCCUGGUUCCCUGGAGCUUCUGGAGGAUUCCCACCUCCCCCUCCUCCUGCAGCUCAGAUCUGGGGAUCCUCAAUCCCUCCGUCCUUACAGCCACCUCCUUCCUAUGAGGAGGUGAUCAGGGAGAAGACACAGGAGCAGGUCCUCCUUCCUCCUCCUUCCUCCUCAUCCCCAUCACGUCCAGCUUCUGUAACCAUCGCCACUCAGACUGAACCAGGAUCUGUCCCCGACCCCCAAGACUCGCAGGUGAGAAGACCAGUGAGACCGCCGCGGCCGCCUCUCCCUUACCCUCCCAGACCGUCUCACGUUAAUGACAUCACCAUCACAGCCAGCCAAUCACUCACCUCCCUUAACAGUGUGGUACCAGACACACACGGCGGCGCUCACACACAGUGCUGUGACCUCCUCACUGACCUUUGCUCGCCGUUGACCUCAACCUCCAGUGCUCAAACGGACACAUGGGAUCGGUCAUUUGUUGCUGCUGACGUGGCAACUCCUCCCACCACUUCCUCUCACGUCCCGCUGGAGCGCCCCAGGCCACGCCCCCGCUCCAGGCUCAGUGCGCCGCCUGUCAGCAGCGACGUCAAAGUUCAGACUUUGGUGAAACUGCGCGACGACGGUUUGGCCACGCUAGCUGCCCACGCAGGAACUACCACCUCGAACCAGGAAGUGAGUCAGGGGAAGUACCUUCAGGAGCUGCUCGAGGCCUUCAGCGCAGACGACUGGGGCUUCCCUGAUCGCCGCAGCGACAGCAGUGGGCACAGCCAAUCGGAGAGCGAGGAGGAAGAAGAGGAGGACAUGGCGACCCUGAAAGCGAGGAUACAAGCCUUUGAGCAGCAGCAGCAGCAGCAGGUGGCUGAUGCGAGCUGUGGAGACGACAGAGACUUUGUGGCCACAAAGAGACCUGAACCCCGACCACGCCCUCGUCUCCAGGGGCAACCAGCCAAAUCCGUCCCCCCUACUGUCGCCCCAAAACCCAAAAACUUUUCACAUGCACCCAAACCCUCCAGCAAGGUGUUCUGGGAGGAUGGUGAGUUGGCAGCACACUCAGGCAGCGCUGAAACUCCUCCUGCAGAUUUAAACCCUCAAACUGCGACGGAAACCCCGAAACCUGCUCCAGCUGUGGUACCCGACCCCUCUAAAACCCCUGACAAACCCUCAAUAUUACCAAAACCACAGUCUGCUACAGACCCCCUCCUGUCUGCCCCCGUCCCUGCCCCCAGGCCCCCUCCACCCAAACUCACCCCUGCUGUCAGCGAGACUCCGUCCUCAGCCAACCCCAAACCUCCGCCCAGACCUCCAGUCGCCCCGAGGGCCAGCGUAGGAGCUCCACAGCAGGAUAAGAGCACCCCAACUCUGCCCCCGAGGCCGCAUGUGGAGGUCAGCAGUGGAGCACAGACUCAGACAUCAGGAAGUGAGGAGACGCAAGAGGCUGCAAAACAAACUGUGAAAGUAGGAAGUGCUCGUCCAGACAUCCCGACCAAACCAGCAGCACUGACCUCACCACGCAGAGCCAGUGCUCCAAAUCUGGCCCCUAAACCCACAUCUCCAGAUCCAAACCCAGUCCCGCCCAAACUUACAGCUGCUGCCCCAGCCACGGCCCCCAAACCUUCAGGACCGGCUGUGGUUCCGAUUCCAGGCCUCAAACCACCAACUCCAACCCCAGCUCCAAACCCAAACCUAGCUCUGGCUCCAGCUCCGGCUCCAGCCCUGAGGAAAGGCCCCGUGACCCAGACCAAACCAGAAACUUCCACCACUGCAAACCCAACCCCCUCAGAUCCUCCUCUCCCUCCACGGCCUUCAAGUGUCAAGCUCCUCCCCCUGCGUCCUCCACCAAUCAAAUCCAUCCCCGGGCGACCUCCGCCACCUUCCGUCGGCUCGACUUUACCAUCCAACCCGACAGCCCCUCCUCCCUCCAGAACUAGUCCCACCCCCUCUGUUCCCCCUGCCAACCUGUCCCCACCUUCACAAAGCACUCCAUCCCCUCCUCCUGUGUCAGCCAAUCAGGUGCAGCCUCAAAAGGCACCAAAGAAAGGACCACCUCUGCCCCCCCGCCCCAAACCUGGACACCCUCUCUACAGCAGCUACAUGAAACAGGAAGUCCUGAUCGUCCUGGACGACCCGAGCCCCUCAGAGCACCUGUCAGGGGAGGGGAGGAGUCAAACUGCCGUCAUCAGCCCAUCGCAGUGUCUCCUGGACCUGGACACCCAACCAGAGCCUGCUCCUGAUCAGGACAGCCAAUCAAAACUGUCCUUAGAGGGCCUCAGCCUAUCAGACUCCCAGUCCAUCCUGCCUGUGCAGCCCACUGAGCAGAAAGAGCAGCCCGACCCUCCUCCUGUCAGCGGCCCUCGGUGCAUCGCCUUGUUUGACUACGAGGGAGAGGAGGAGGACGAGCUCACCUUCUCCCAGGGGGACGUCAUCGCCCUCCUGGAGCUCAUUGGGCAAGAGUGGGGGCGGGGCCAGAUCCACGGGCGAAUCGGAAUAUUCCCCCUGAACUUCGCUGAGGUGGUGGAGCCGCCCCCGCAGCCGGCGUCGUCACCGGGGGAAAAAACAGUGCCAGUGGAUACCACAGUGACAGAGAGUACUGCACCAAAGAUGUCACAGGACCUCGACUCCAAGGUGAAGGAGUGGGCCGAGGCUCUGUUUGACUUCCCCGGUCAGACUGCAGAGGAUCUUUCCUUCCACAAGGGGGCACUCAUCGAGGUGAUGGAGCACAUCGACGCUGAGUGGAGGAGAGGAAGACUGGAAGGGAGGGAGGGGAUCUACCCUGCUGCCUUCACACAGCCAUGCCAGGCUAAGCCAAUCCAACUCCAGCAGUCAGAGGUUAAAGCAGUGGCCAAGUUUGACUUCGCAGCAGAGAGCGAGGAUGAGCUCACGUUAAAGGUUGGUGACAUCGUAACACAGGUGGAGUUUGUGGAUGAGCAGUGGAUUUUGGGAGUUGUGGGCGGGAAGCGUGGGAUUGUGCCUAAAAACUACAUUUCACUUCUCUGAUGAGGCAAACAUGGAAACAGCUGAUGGGGGAAAACUAGGAAGUAACUUUUUUUCUUCUCAGUUUUCACAGCCGCUCUGUGUGAACAGGUUGGUCGGAGGGUUUUUGAACUGGUGACCUCCCCUCACCUGUGAACACUACAGAGCGUGCUGUGUACACUUAAUUCCAAGGUUUUCCAAAAACUUUCCAGGCAAUGAAACAAAAGCCGCCUGCUCAGUUUUUAUUUGGAGUUUGGAAAUCGGAACUCUGAGUUGCAAUUGGAUCGUCUCUUUGAUUGACAACCAUUGACCUGACAUCACCCGAGCAACUGACACCUGCUCACGAUUGGCAUGACGAUUGAGAACGGGACGUACCUAUGCCGCAUAAUGACGGAGUAAAUCUGAUAUUACACCGUUGAUUCUCAUGUUUCUUCUUCUGCGCUCCAAUUGACUCCAUGGACGAUUUCCCACCUGGACUGGAUUUGACUUUUUGUCUUUCACUGACUCUUUUUGGUUCAUCAGUCGUGACCGGCCUGCACAUGGACCUGCUUCGAAGAGCCGCUGUUGGACGACUUUUCCCCUUUGUGUCUGAUUACAGAUGUUUAACGCAGACUGUUGAAAAAUGUUACAUGUCAGAUUUUCAAAUUCAGGCCAACUUGCAGUAUUGAAAGUAGAAAGCUUCAAAGGUUCAGAGAGGAGGACUAAUUCACUUUAAAGGGAUGGUUCAGAUUUUUUAAAGUGGGGUUGUAUACGGUACUUAUUUACAGUCAGUGUAUUACCUACAGUGAGUUGGCAUGGCCCUAGUUUAGAGAAGCAGACAGGAGUACCGCCAUGGAAACAAAGCAAUGUCCAAUAUCAGUAUCAAGUGUAUGCUAUAUUUAGAACAUUUUCACUGGCUUGACAUUGCGGCCAGACAAACCUUUCCGACAGGGAGCUGAUUGAAGGUGAAACAUAGCCAUGCUUUAAACAAAGCCAGACUCCAUUGACAAAAACAUUAAUUUUACCAAACAGAACACGAGACUGCCACCUCGAUCAGUUUGUUGGUUUGUGUAAUUGUGUGACUUUGGUGUUUUAAAAGGUUAGUUCAGAUUCACCAAAGUCACACAGUAACACAGACAAACUAACCAAUCGAAGCAGCGGUAGACCAGCAGCUCUCCUGUACUGUGAGAUAAAAGUACUGUUUCUCUCAAUGGAGUCUGGUGGCGUCAAAGAGAGGUGUUGCCUGCCUCAGUUGCCCCCCAGCUUUUGAAAUAGACACCGACACAGAUUGGGGUAAUGUGCCCAGGCACGGUACGUAGUGUUUAGAGUAAUCAAACAGACUGAACUUUGGGGUCAAGUGCACUCAGAUCCUGGCCUGGUCCCUGAUUUAAAGGCUCCUUCAACUGAUAUUGAUUUAUUUAGGUGGCUAAAUGUUGCUGUAGCUGACUGCCAUCUACUUUAUGUAAUACACUGACUGUAGUUAAGUACCUCAUACAACCCCACUGCAAAUAAUCCGAACUAUCUUUUUAACACAGACUGUUAAAAAUAUGCGUCAGAUACAUUUUCAAAAUCAGGCCAACUUGCAGUAUUCAAACUGGAAAGCUUGCGAGGUUCAGAGAGGAGGACUAAUUCACUCUAAUCAGUUAAAACUCACAUUUAUCAUUAACAUAGUGAAGAACACUAUUCUCAACCUGAGCCAGAGGAGAUCAGAAAACUGAAUAAAAACUGAGUAAUGUGGGCCCAAAAAUAGCCACUUUUAAGACAGGAAGUCAUAGGACGUUGUCAGUGUAGGUAAAAGUAACUGUCAGAAUGUUUAAUUUUGUGACACUGUAGGAGCCUGUAGAUAUUUAUAAAGGUUUAGUUUUUUUUUGUUGCACGUUUUUGCUCAUCAGCUUUUACAACAAAGCUUUUUUUUCAAUGUUUUACAUCCUCAACACUUUGACGUAUGAACCAGAUCACUUUACAUAAAGAACACUAAAGCUGGUUUUCAUCUGUUAUCUAGAAACUGAUGAUACAUCACUGCUCAACAUUUUUCCAAAGCUUGUUUCUAACUUGAGAGCUGAAUGUUUGCGGCUGUUUCGCCAUCCUGAUGAAGUCAAAAUAUCCCAGUGAACGAAACACGAUGAACUGGAGAAGAGUGUGCCAUGAUUUGGAAAACAGUUGGCAGUAAUGUAACGUAUACACCGAUCAGGCACAUUAAAACCACUGACGGGACAGGUGAAGUGAAUAACAUCGAUCAUUUCAUUACAAUGCAAUGUUCUGCUUGGAAACCUUUGGUCCUGGCAUUCAUGUGGAUCCGCCUUUACGAACAUUGUUAUAGACCAAGUACCCCCUCUCAUGGCAACAGUACCCCCGAUGGCAGUAGCCCCUCAGCAAGGCAGUACACCAUGCCACACUGCAAAAACUGCUCAGGAAUGGUCCAAGGAACGUGACAAGGACCUUAAGACGUCGAUCUAGCUUUCAGAUUCCCCAGAUCCUGAUCUGAUCAAGCAUCUGUGGGGCAAACCAGUACUCCAAAGGUCCUUUGUCCGGGCCUUGACAGGUCAGAGCCAAGUAUGAUCUAUGAUGGAGCCUCUGACCUGUCGAGGCAUUGAGGCAGGACCUCUGGGGGUGUCCUGUGUUGUCUGGUACCAAGGUAUUGAGGUAAGGUACCAGCAUGCCCAAUGGAUGUACUGGUCUGUAAUGGUGUUUGGGUGGGUGGUGCAUGUUAAGUGUCAUCCACAUAAAGGCCAGGAUUCAAGGUCCCUCAGAAGAGCAUUGAAUUGUAACAAAAUGAUUAAUGUUAUUCACUUCACCUGUCAGUGGUUUCAGUGUUUUGGCCGAUAGGUGUACGUGGGUUUCAUUCAACAGAUUUAAACAAGCUAAACUAAAACUUGACACUAGAAGAGCAAGUGGCUCAAUAAAAGCAAACAAACCUGGAUUAAGAAGAUAUUUUGAAACUUUUAUACAAUGUUAUUAAGAUAUUAAAAAUAAGCUUUACAGAAGUUGAAAAAUCACAUUCGGUAUUUUAAGAUGUCAUCAUAAAACAUGUUUAAAGUUUAUAAUAUUUAAACCUAAAGGUCAUAUAAAUACAUAACUUGCACAGAGUGAACCAGGAAGUGAAAGUUGUAACAGCGGGGAACUAAAAAACGAUUUCACACCCACUUUGGUUCAGGUUUGAUUUCCUUCAGUUAAACAGUAUCUUUAGGCAGUCUUGCACCACCCUGCACCAACAAUAGGAAGAGUGUUUUCAUCACAGCAUUAUCGUACCGAACUCUUUCACAGAUACAAAGCUCUAGCUGUAUUUUUUUU